UAAAAAAAAAUUUAUUAUUAAAUGUUUACAAAAUUAUCAAGUCGACAAUCACAAAAAAUCGCUCUCAAUACGAAAAACUGGUGGAAUGCAUGAGCGAAAGGCCGGACAUUGCCCGAGGCUUUGUAAAAGUAGUUAAAGAGGAUGUGGUGGAAUUUUGGGAAGGCGUUGCAAGAAUUAAAGCAGCACAAUAUUUAGUUGAAUGGACGCCCUUAAAAAGAGGGAGCAUACAUUUAUCAUUUAAGCUAAAUGGAUCAGAACUGUCUCGUAGCAAUCUCCUUUGUAUAUUAAUGCAACAGUUGGCUGCAGCACGUUCUUUCUCCUGAGACAAAAGUGCAUCGGCUACUGAAUCCAUUAUAUUUUACUUAGUUAAGGAAAAGCCUUUUCAAAUACGAGGGUCGUAUGAAAACUACCCGAUUUUGAAUAGAGAUGGCGCUGCUACAACUAAAAAAAAUAUUUUGCUAAAAAAUACAACUCUUCAAAUAACACGUGUCAAAAUUUCUCAGCGAUAUGACAUUUACAACAAAUUUUAUACGUGUUAGAAUUGAGUUACUUUUGUGCUUUUUGUCAACAUGGAAAAAAUUGAAUAUCGAGCAGUGAUAAAAUAUUUGUUUUUGAAAAAGAAAACAAACGACGAAAUUAAAUCGGAAUUUAACGAAGUUUAUGGAGACUCUGGACCGUCAUUAACAACUAUAAAAUAUUGGGUAGCUGAAUUUAAACGCGGCCGUACGAGCAUUUUUGAUGAGGAACGUUCAGGUCGUCCAAAUGAGGUCACUACACCAGAAAUGAUUGAAAAAAUCCGUGAUAUGGUAAUGAGUGAUCGAAGAUUGAAAGUGCGUGAGAUUGGUGAGAGUGUGGGCAUUUCAAUUGAACGGGUUAAUAACAUUUUGCAAAAUCAUUUGGAUAUGAGAAAGCUUUCCGCAAGAUGGGUGCCGCGAUUACUCACAACACACCAUAAACAAACACGUGUUUCCAUUUCAAAUGAUUGUUUAUCAAUGUUAAACGCAAAUCCCCAGGAGUUUUGGCGUCGAUUUGUAACUGUCGAUGAAACCUGGAUUCAUCACUCCACACCAGAGACCAAAGAACAGUCAAAACAGUGGACUCGUCGUGGUGAACCAGCUCCAAAGAAGGCAAAGGCGAUAUUAUCAGCAAACAAGGUUAUGGCCACAGUAUUUUGGGAUGCGCGUGGGGUUAUACAUAUUGAUUACCUACAAAAAGGAAAAACAAUUAAUGGCGAAUACUACUGCAAAAUAUUGGGUGAAUUGACAAGGCUUUGAAGGAAAAACGUCCACAUUUGUUGAAAAAAAAGUUCUUUUUCAUCAAGACAAUGCUCGUGUGUGUACAUGUGUCGUAGCCAUGUCUAAAUUCAAUGAAUUAGGCUACCAAAUGCUUCCUCAUCCACCGUAUUCUCCAGAUUUGGCCCCCUGUGACUUUUUCCUCUUUCCUAAUCUUAAAAAAUGGCUCGGCGAGAAAAAAUUUAGCUCAAAUAUGAAGUAAUUGCAGCAACAAAUGCUUAUUUUGAAGGGUUGGAGAAAACCUAUUAUUCGGAAGGGAUCAAAACAUGGGAAAAACGUUUGCUUAAGUGUAUCGAGCUAAAAGCAGAUUAUGUUGAAAAAUAAAUUGAAUUUCGUUAAAAAAAUCGUUUUAUUCUAUUCAAGGCCGGGUAGUUUUCAUACGACCCUCGUACGAUUAAACAAUUUUUUAAAUUUCACUGUUCACUUGCGAUUAUAUUUAUUUUGAUUUGUUUGUG